AUGGAAGAGCUCAUGGCGAGGAUCGAGAAGCACGCCAGAGCCGAAGAAGAUACAUCGGGGAUCAAGGAGAUUGAAACACAAACACCAUUCUCCCAUGUUAUCCCAAAUUUCACAACCCCUUCUCCUCCACCCGAACCUUCUGACCCAACAACUGGAGGGACUUCUUACAAUUCAAGUACUGGUGUUUUUGAUGUACGAAAAUUUGGUGCUGUGGGGGAUGGAAUAACAGAUGACACAGAGGCAUUCAAGACAGCGUGGGACAUGGCGUGCUUAUAUGAGUCAGGGGUCCUCCUUGUUCCCUUCAGUUAUUCCUUCAUGAUUCAAUCCACAAUUUUCACUGGUCCUUGUCAGAGUGGUUUUGUGUUCCAGGUUGAUGGCAUUCUUAUGCCACCAGAUGGACCUGAUUUGUGGCCAGAUAGUAACAGUAAGAACCAAUGGCUUAUCUUCUACAGAAUCAAUGAAAUAUCACUUCAAGGAGGCGGUCUAAUAGAUGGGAGAGGAAAGAAAUGGUGGGACCUUCCCUGCAAUCCCCACAAGGGAGCUAACAGAACCACAUUGUCAGGACCAUGUGAUAGUCCAAUUGCCAUAAGGUUCUUCAUGUGCACCAGCUUGACUGUCAAAGGACUAAGAAUCAAGAAUAGUCCCUAAUUCCGCUUCAGAUUUGAUAACUGCCGGAAUGUCCACAUUGAAUCAAUUCACAUAACCGCUCCUGCCUUAAGUCCUAAUACUGAUGGGAUACAUAUAGAAAACACAAACAAUGUUGAAAUAUACAAUUCAGUAAUCUCCAAUGGUGAUGACUGUGUAUCAAUUGGAUCAGGUUAUUAUGAUGUAGAUAUAAGGAACCUCACAUGUGGAUCUGGUCAUGGAAUUAGCAUAGGGAGUUUAGGCAAUCACAACACUCGAGCCUGUGUUUCCAAUGUCAUGGUUAGAGACACGGUGAUAAAGCAAUCUGACAAUGGAGUGAGGAUCAAGACAUGGCAAGGAGGUCAUGGAGCCGUAUCAGGAAUCAUGUUCAGUAACGUUCACAUGGAAAAUGUUAGGAAUCCAAUCAUGAUCGACCAGUUCUAUUGCCUUUCCAAAGAUUGCAGCAACCAAACAACAGCAGUAUUUGUAUCGGACAUAAUUUAUACGAACAUAAAGGGAACCUAUGAUAUCCGAGCCCCACCAAUGCGUUUUGCCUGCAGCGACUCAGUGCCUAGCACCAACAUAACACUGUCAGAUAUAGAGCUUCUUUCCGCUAUAGGAGAAAUGGUAUUGGACCCAUUCUGUUGGAAUGCCUAUGGAGAUUUGCAGACACUAACAAUUCCACCAGUGUCCUGCUUGUUAGAGGGAUGUCCUCCAUCCAUCUUGGAAAAUAACAUGGACCACUGCUGA